UGUGUGAACAUAUGAGCUGAGAACCUGAUCUAACUUGGAGCAAGGAAGUUCAACAGCAGCUCCUGGCUUCUGCUGUGGGCUCCGUGUUUCUUUUUUCUUUUUUUUUUUUUUUCCUUUCCCUUCCCAGAAGCUGCGCAGCAAAAGCAGCUCUCUCCAGCAAUCAGCCCUCGCUCUCCCUCCCUCUCCGUCUCCCUCCCUCCCUGCCAAGACUCUGAAUCGUCUGGAUCCUGGAAAGCUGGGCUCCCUGUUUGAUCUCGCACUGGGAAAAUGGAUUCCAGGGCACUGUCAGAGAUGCGUUUCUGUAGAAAGAUCAUCGCUGCAGCCUUGUGUGUGUUAGUUUUACUCCCAGAUUUGGGCUGUGCAAGGAAUCUCUGGAAACGUGCUCUACAUCUGAAAAUGACGGAAAAAUACGAUGAUUAUGAGUACCCUCUUCAUUCUCACAGUGCCCACUACCAGAAGAACGAUCGCUGCCCCCCACCACCCCAGACCUUGCCUGAUCGAGCCUGCGAGGUGCCCAGCUGCCGAUCGGAUUCAGAGUGCGAAAGGCACAAGCGUUGCUGUUACAACGGCUGCAUCUAUGCCUGCUUGGAGUCCGUACAGCCACCACCAGUUCUAGACUGGCUGGUUCAGCCCAAACCCCGCUGGCUGGGAGGAAACGGGUGGCUUCUGGAUGGCCCUGAGGAGGUCUUACAAGCUGAGGCCUGCAGUACCACCGAGGAUGGUGAUGAGCCUCUGCAUUGCCCCACGGGAUACGAAUGCCAUAUCAUCAACCCUGGCAACACUGCUGAAGGAAUCCCAAACAGGGGCCAGUGUAUCAAGCUGCGUGGAAAUCCAGAUGGACGUAACCUAAGGCAUAAGUAUUACAAGGAAUAUUUUGGGAGCAGUUCCAACAAUGUGGUCGGCUAUGUGAAAAACCAGCAGAAGCAUUUGGGCUAAUGAGAGGUGUUCCUGGCUGGACCACUCUGCUAAGCAACUUUCAAGGAAUGAUUUACCCACUAGUUUUGGAAGGAUUCUGGUCCUAAAUCUCCAAGAACACAACUCCAGCAUUACCCUGGUCUCUGCCCACCAGUGCUAAAGAGACUUCACUAUGCAGGAAAAACAUGAGUCUGUAUUUUAAGCUUAUCAUCAGAGGGAGAAAUGUGAUCCCUCACCACUUAUGAGUUGUCCUUUUGCAGGUGAGGUGUAACUAGUGUCACGCUGGUCUCUGCAAGGUCAUUAUCAGGCUCUUGGAACGGAGCAUGCCCUCAACGUGUUCUGUGGCCAGCUCAGAUGUGGCCAAUUCAGGUUUCCCCAUCGCAAAGGUAAUUCGGUAGUAUAAAAAUGGAGGAAGUGGUGUCCAAAUCAGACCUGAAUAUUAUAUCUAAGUUGUAUUAAAUAAGGAAGACUGUAACACUCCCUGGGUCAAAUCCAGUCCUUGCUUGUGUCAAACAAUGGCUUGACAUAAUCCUGCAGGUUUCUUCUUUUUCUGUUUAUGCCUGGGAUUCAUCAGAUUUACACCCAGAGUACAAGCCUAAGCCUAAAAUCUUGAGAACUGAGAAACUCUGAGCUAGGAGCAAAACAAAUUUUAUCAUGUGUUUAUCCAAUUACUUUAUUUAAAUUCCACAGUCUGGUGAGCUAUAGAUCAAGAGCUAAUGAUGGAAUAGAUUUCUUGCUACAAUAUCUAAGCAGUUAGAGGCAGAGACGUGCCAGCCUUUUUAAGUUGCUAUUUUUAGCCAGUACAGUUUAUACUCACAAAGUAUACAUCUGUAUUUUCGUACCUGCAAAACCUCAACGGGAGGACUGAAGUCUGGAUAUUUAUUACACAUAUUAGAAAAGCAAAAGCACAACAAAAAUGUGUGAUUAAAAAGACUGUCUGGCAGAUGGGCAGCUGCUCUUUAGAAGUCCUGGCCCUUUAUGUUGCCUUCCACAAAUCCUUAAAGAGAAGCUAUUUGUAUUUGGGCCUUACAGCUCCUUUUAGAUGCUUAGCAUUGUAAAGUGGAAAACAAAAUUUCCAUGGAUGUUUUCCUUUCCUCUGGCAGCUCCCUAAAAGGGCAGUCGCAUUUGGUGUAUCUGUCAGAAUCAGUAGGCAAAAGAAGUCAUUUUUGCUCACUUGUUCAGUACAUCCCUCCCCUGUGCUUUCGUAAAAUUAGCAUUUUGAUAUACAGAAUAGUAGUGGUGUAUGUAAACACCCAAUUCACAAAUACAAGCACUUACUUUCACCCACAAACUACUUUUUUGUUUCCAUUCACUAAACAGUUAAAGCCACAGCUAAGGCGCUUAUAAAACACUUGAUAUGUUGCAUAUGACAUUUGCAGCUGGAGAGAUAAAAGAUGCCAAACGGCUCUUUCUGUUUCCUUUCAUGCACAGACACAUUCCUCAGUGCUUUACAGUGCAAAGGAACAAAUGAAAGGCUCCACCUUUCCCUGAGUAUCUCCAUUUGUUAAACUCUUUGCAUUUCUCUGUGCUUUUUUUCCAAGUUGUAUGUAUUAAGUGCAACACUGUAUUUGCACAGAACUAUUUCUAGAGUAUUCUCUUGUAAAACUUAAUGCAAUGAUAUCUUAACUCCUGCUAACAAGGCAGGAGUCCACAUUUCAUAGUCCCAGUCUUCAUUUAGGCCAGGAACUUGCCUUUUUUGGAGUGACACUACUUGACAUCUUAAAAUACUGCAGCUUGUAACCAAAAACACGGGCCGUAAGGCCCGUAUUACGGGCCGCUCAGUGAAACGGUUUGGAUUUUUUUCAGCAAAAUUCAGUCAAAUUCUGCUUAGAAUGAGCAAAAUUUUUCAGUCAUUACUGCUGAUAACCAAAGAGUAAGUGCAAAAUUGUUCUAUUUUAGUAUAAAACAUGUAGAGUCUGAAAAGCGUUGAGAAUCCAGUUCAAAAACAUGUUUUGAGCACUAAGGAAUUUACAAGAUUAAAACUUCAGAUCUCAGCCUAAUCUUGCAAAGCAUCCAAAAACGUAGUUAACUUCAGUGGACGCAUUCUCUUCAGUGGCUGCUUUAUCAUAGCUACAGAGAGCCCAUACCUGACCUUCUUGCUGGAUGGAAUGAUAAAGUUAUUUUCUAAUUACAGAAUGAAUUAACAAGAAAAAAAGAAAGCUGGGUAGUUAAUAACUUCUUCAUGGAUUUCUGUUUACUGGAUGUUAUCAAAGACAUCCUCCUUCCUAGUGGUGCUGUAUUUUUUUUUUCUUUUCAAGUUACUGUUAAUUGUCAAGCUGAGAAACAAAAUCUACAGAAGAAACUUGUAUAAAUGCUGUGUUUUCACCAUUGAAGUCCGUUGUGCUUCAAAAAAAAAAAAAAAUGCAGAUCAAAUGAAUUAUCCUGAUCUUGUUUUCUCCAAAGAAAGUGGCUGAACAUCAGUCUUAUGAAGCACAGUAGGAAAUCAGUAACGCAGAGGGUUUUUUUUUUUUUUUUUUUGAUGUUCCACGUACACUUUAAAGCAUGUUUGGUGCUACAGUAAACUUUCCAUGUAUCACUGUGUGCUAGCAAUGCUCGUGGGCUUCCGGAUCCUCCAGUGUUACAGCAGCAUCCACAGAGCUGCUCUGCCUUUCACCAGCUGAGGAUCUGCUGCCCCUAGGCAGUAUCUGUUUGUGCACUUGAUGUUCAGACAUGUACAGGUUCUGUGACUUUGGUGCUCAAUAAAAAGUGUCCAAUAUAUUUUUCAACUAUG